CUCUGCUAAAACCCUCACUAACUCACAGUACAAAACAGUGAAAAUACGCACUUCAUAUACCGGCGGUAUACAUACGUACGGAGCGCGUAUACGGCGUAUACGUAAACGUAGAGAGAGAGAGAGAGAUGUUUUCUCGCUCGUAUGCUACGGACACACAGACGAAGUCCGCCGACUUGGCGAGCGUCGUCGCCGGCGCGGCGUCCCCGCCGCAGAUCGCGACGGCGUGUGCGGAGGUGGAGGCGUUCCUCCACAAGUACACUGCGGACCAGACCCGCUGGUUCUUCUCCAUCACUUUUCCAACCCUAAUUUGCAAGAUCUUCGGCUUCGACGACGCUCCGCAGGCAGCAGCAGCUCAGAAGCCUGUUUCUCCGUCCGGAUGGAUCGAUAUUGCGUCUCUAUCGAACGAUUCCGAGCUUGCAGGCAGGAUUUUCAGUUUACUAUCUCCAAAUGGGGUGUUGCUAUCAUCAAUUGCGGAUGCUGAUGCUUUGUCUUUGGUUAAAUAUGUGUUUCCUGUUGAGAGGUUGCCGGAAUGGGCUCGCUAUCUGCUCCAAAGUGAGAGAGAUGCUGGGAUUUUGGCUGACUUGUGCCCAUUGUUCAAGAAUAGGUUGAAGGAGGAUUCAGUCAAGGGUUCAUCGUUCCAGGUUCAGUUGAAUAUUUUUGAGUAUUACAUGUUCUGGUUUGCGUAUUACCCUGUUUGCAGGGGCAAUAGUGAGGGGCCUCAAACUGUUGGAGUUAGGAGAAGCAAAAGAUUUAGGCUGGAGAAUUGGGCUUAUUCAAUUCCAGGUUUGUUGAGCACGAAACACACAACAGAGAAGAAAAAUGAAGGGAAUCUCUAUAUGCGUCUAUUAUAUGCUUAUCUUCGGGUGUAUGUGCCAAUGCAUGAUUUGAAUACCCACCAACCAUAUCGUAGUUCACUUCUCCAUUACUCUUCAGCAUAUGAUGUCUAUACUGUUGAACGAGCAGAGUUUUUGAUCAAUACAAUGAUACAUUUUUGGCUAGUGGACAAUGAUUUCUCACCGUUGCCUGUGACUAUGUGCAAAUCAUUUGGUGUGUCACUCCCUUUUCGGUCAUUUUUGGGUGAGACUCCCCCAACUUCUGGCUUAGGUGAGGUGGUAAAUGUGUUUGUAAAGUAUCUAAAUUUGAAUUCACUCAAGCUCACCGAUGAGAAUGGUCAGGUUGAUUAUGUUGAGAGUCCUAGACAGAGACUUUCUGGUUCAGUUGGUACUGCUAAAUCAAGGGAUGCUGCUUUCAGGGUUCAAACUGUUAGUUCUUGGGACUCAUGGAUUCAGAGGCCAUUAUACAGAUUUAUAUUGAGGACAUUUCUGUAUUGCCCUGUGGAGUGCUCUGUAAAAAAUGUAUCUCAAGUAUUCACUCUUUGGGUUAAUUACCUGGAACCUUGGACAAUUAGUUUGGAACAGUUUGCUGAGCUUGAUACAUCUUUGGGCCUGCCCACUAAAAUUAUGCAAAAGGAGGACACUCAGAGCAAAUAUUCCUCUGCUUGGCGGGGUUUUGUUUUGGCUAACUAUUUGUUCUACAGCUCUCUGGUUAUGCAUUUCAUUGGUUUUGCACACAAGUUUCUACACACAGAUCCAGAGUUAACUGUUCAAAUGGUUUCAAAGGUGAUAAACAUAUUAACCUCCUCUGCAGAACUCAUGGACCUCAUUAAAAAUGUGGACAUUGUUUUCCAUUCCAAACCUUAUGGAUCUUCCAAAUCAUUGCUUAAUACCUUACAUAGGUUUGUACCUGCAAUUCGUGAACAAUUACAGGACUGGGAGGAUGGCCUAUGUGAGAGUGAUGCUGAUGGGUCGUUUAUGCAUGAAAACUGGAACAAAGAUUUAAGACUUUUCAGUGACAAUGAAGACGGUGGACUGGAGUUGCUUCAGCUCUUUGUGUUGCGAGCAGAAUCUGAGCUGCAGGCCGUGGGUGGUGACAAUCUUGCACGGAACUUAGAAUGUUUGAACACACUAAAAUCCCAGCUAGGAGUCUUGUGUGGUUGCCCUAUUUUGAAGUCCAUUAGCAGGCCAGAGACAAAGAUGUCUGAGCACUCACGGGAUGAGAUUUUCAAGCCCAGAAGUUUCGGAAACCAAACAGUCCCAGAUAUCAAGUACAGGGGUGACUGGAUGAAGCGGCCUAUCUCCAGUGAUGAAAUCGCAUGGCUUGCAAAGCUGCUCGUGAAGCUAUCAGGCUGGAUCAACGAGAGUCUUGGGCUAAACACAGUCGACAGCAGCCACGAGAGCCCUGCUUACGUUGAAUUGUCAAGCGAUCCAGGAAAUGUGUAUGGACUUGCAGAAACAACGAAAGUGGUGCUAUGUUCUCUCCUAUCUUGGCUCGGUACUCUGUGUUGGGCAGGGGUAAAAUUCAUGCAAAAGCACGGCCUCCGGGUUAACCUUAGGAUGCUCGCGUCGAAAAAGGUAGUAAUGAUGAUGCUUAUCGUUGCCGGGCUUUGUGCACUGAAAAGGGCCUUUGCAGCAUCAACCAGAGUACAUAUACAAGCCUGAGAACCACGACUGACUGAAGAAAGGUUUUGUAAAGAUCUUGUGCAGCUUGUACAGACCCCUUACCUUCUUCACCGCCCUGCUAGCUUUCUCCAUGUCAUUUUAUUUUGUGGCAGUUUUCUUUGAAUUGUGAGUUGAGUGUGUUAAGCUAAGCAGCCAAGGGAAUUUUGUAAUGGACCGUUUGUUUUUUAUCAUCAAUAGAGUUAUAGAGGCAACAUGUUUGAUGGUGAAGCUAACUCAA